AUGUGUCAGAAGUCGAGCUACGAAAGGCGCUGUGAAGACUGCCACAUGAGAGUCAUGAUCAGCGUUGUAACCCACCAAGUAUGCGGCGGCAAGCCCCGAGAGAAGCUAAUCAAGGCCCAAGAAGAGAAACGCAAGAACCAUAAGGUGCCAUAUCGCAAGGACGGUUUUAUAUGCAAGCUCAGAAUACGGCCUCAAAAGAAAUACUGGUCCUACAUCGGAGCGCACACCUGCAUGCGCUGCAGUCUUCAAAAGUUGAGGAAAGAAGCGGAGGAAGAGCUCAAAGCACUUGUGGAUGGAAAUGGAAUGGAGUCAGAGAUAAAUCUCAAAAAGGAGAGGUUAAAGAGGCUGAAGGAAGAAAUGAUGGAUACGGGGCUUCCCCCAAAAGAUUACAAGAAGGCGCUGCCCAAGGCAAUCGAAGUCAACAUGAAGGGCUAG